AUGGUUAAACCAAAUCAAAAACAAAGUAGAUCAAAUAAUUUUACAAAUAGAGUAUCCAAAGCUAAUCAUCAGAAUAAUCCUGAUCGUAUUAUUGCUAAAGGGGAUACCAGCAAAAGAAGUAGAGCAACCAUUAGAAGAUUACAAAUGUAUAAUGAAAAACCAAAUAAAUAUAAUAAGGAUGGUAAAUUAGUUAAAUCAGUUUAUGCAUCAAGCGAUACAUCACACGAUACUAGAAUUGCACCAAAUCAAGCUUAUUUCGGUAAUACUCGUUCCGUUAGUCAAGAUCAAUUAGAAGCAUUCAGAGAAGCAAUGGAAAAAGAAGUUAGCAACCCAUUCAAAGUACUUUUACAUGCCAAUAAAUUACCAUUAGGUCUUUUAAAAGAUUCAACAAAGAAAUCACAAAUGAAUUUAUUAACAACCGAAUCAUUCCAAGAUACUUUUGGUCCAAAGAAACAACGUAAACGUCCAAAUUUAAAUUCAAUUUCAGAUUAUGAAAAUCUUGUUACCAAAGCUAGCGAAACAUCGGGUACUUAUGAUGAAACUAAAGAUAAAAAUAUCAAGAACGAAGAUGAAUUAGCCGAAUCACGUAGAAAAGAUAUUUUCGAUAAAGGUACAUCAAAGAGAAUUUGGGGUGAACUUUAUAAAGUUAUCGAUUCAUCAGAUGUUUUAGUUCAAGUAUUAGAUGCUCGUGAUCCAAUGGGCACCCGUUCACGUCAUUUAGAACAACAAUUAAAAAAGAACAAUAGACACAAACAUUUAAUUUUUGUACUCAACAAAUGCGAUCUUGUUCCAACUUGGGCCACUGCUCGUUGGGUCAAAGUAUUAUCAAAAGAAUAUCCAACCUUAGCUUUUCAUGCUAGUAUCACUAAUCCAUUUGGUAAAGGUUCACUUAUUCAAUUACUCCGUCAAUUUAGCAAACUCCAUAGUGAUAAAAAACAAAUUGCCGUUGGUUUCAUUGGUUAUCCAAAUGUAGGUAAAUCUUCAAUUAUCAAUACCCUUAAAAGUAAAGUCGUUUGUAAAGCUGCUCCAAUUCCAGGUGAAACUAAAGUUUGGCAAUACAUUACUUUAAUGAAACGUAUUUAUUUAAUCGAUUGUCCAGGUGUUGUACCAGCUACCGGAGAUACCGAAGCCGAAUUAGUAUUAAAAGGUGUUGUUAGAGUUGAAAAUCUCGAAGAUGCUACCGAAUAUAUUCCAGAGGUCUUAAAUAGAAUUAAAAAAGAUUAUAUUGCCAAAACCUAUCAUAUCGCCGAAUGGAAAGAUCAUGAAGAUUUCCUUACCCAAUUAGCCGAAAGAACUGGUAAACUCUUAAAGAAAAGACAACCAAAUAUGAAUGCAGUUGCAAAAUUAAUCCUUUAUGAUUACCAAAAAGGUAAAAUCCCAUAUUUCACCCUUCCACCAUUAUUAAAUCCAGAAGCAGAGAUUGAAACACCAGUUGCCACAGAAGAAACUCAAGAUGCCAAUACAACUCCAGCUGUUAAAAAAGAAGGUGAAUCAACUGCUGAAAAUAAUGCCGAAUCAAAUGACUCUGAAACUGAUAAAGUAUUAAAAGAAAGAAAUAAAUUGUAUGGUGAUUUAGUUGUUAGUCAAAAAUUCAAAAACAUUCAAGUUAAAUCAGAAUUUAAUCAUGAAGAUGCUCAUGGAGAAGAGUAUGUUGAUCCAUUUGAUGAAGAACCAGAUUGGGAUGAAUUAUAUCAAAAAGAAGAAGAUGAAAAAGACGAAGAUGAUGAAGAUGAAGAUGAUGAAGAGGAAGGUGAAGAAGAUGAAGAAGAGUUAGAAGAUGAAGAUAUUCUUUAUGAAAAAUCAGAUGAUGAAGAAGAUGUUAAACCAAAAGUUCAAAAGAAAUUAGCUGUUAAAAAUACCAUGUCACCAUUAUUAAGCAAAUUAGCUGAAGCCAAAGAAACUAAAUCUACAGUUGCUGUUGCUAAAGCAGGUAAAAAAACAAGAAAAGAAUAUAACGAAAUGCCAGAAGUUGAUUCAGACACUGAAGCAGGUCCAAAGAAAGAUAAAAGAAAAGCAACAAAUAAACAAAAAGUCGGUGUACAUUUUUAUGAAACUCACAAUGUUAAAAACAAGAAUAGAGAAAGAAAAAUACCAAGAAAACCAAAAUAUCAAACUCUCGCCACUAAAAAAUAA